AUGGAAAAGGAGAAAUCAGCAAACCAUGGUAAUGUCGAGAAUGAUGGGGUUGAGUCUGAUUAUGGACCAUCAGAUGAACUGUUGAGCAUAUAUGGUUCCUCAUCAAAUGAAGAUAGUAAUAAAAGGAGAAUGCCAAAGUCUGCUAUUGCUCAAACUUGUGGGACCGCUACUGCUCUAACUUCUGGGUCUGCUACUGCUCAAACUGGUGGGACUGCUACUACUAAAACUUGUGGGGCUGUUACUGCUCAAACUUCUGGGACUGCUACUGCUCAAAAUUCUGGGACUGCUACUGCAAAUGCAAGUGUUGUAGUUGGAAAAGGUGUUUAG